AAACCGCGAUGUGAUCGCACGGACCCGAGUCUCAUUUGGGUGGAGAUACACGAGGAGAACAAACGUCACAGUCGACCGAAUAGAGUCCAAAUCGAUUAUCCCGACACGAAAUUUGCUCGAUCGACCAAAGCCAGGGAUUUCUAUAGUCGGAACAAUCUUAACUUAACGUUCAAUAAAAUGGAGCAAGAAGCUUGCUUAGAUUGA